GUCUUGACCGAAGACAAUUGCGACCUGUUGUUGUGCCGUCUCUUUCCUUCCUCCGCGCAGCGCGUGCGGCGACGUCUCGUUGUCGCACGGGACUUUGACAUUGCCACCCGGCGAGCCCGGUCGCCUCGAGGAUGUUUUCAGAACGGGACAAAAGCAGAAAGAGGCUGAUGGAACUUUUGGACAAACCCGGAAACAGAACCUGCGCCGACUGCGCAGCAGCAGAUCCCGAGUGGGCAUCGUAUACCCUGGGUGUGUUUGUGUGCCACAGCUGCUCGGGCCUGCACAGAAAUAUCGCGCAGAUCAGCAAGGUCAAGUCUCUGCUGCUGGACCCGUGGACCGCAGCGCAGUUGGAGCUGAUGGACUCGGUGGGCAACCUCGCGGCCAAAGCUCAAUACGAGCAGACGGUCCCCGCCUUCUACUACCGGCCCACUUCCAACGACUGCGCACUCCUGCGGGAGCAGUGGAUCCGCGCCAAGUACGAGAGGAAGGAGUUCAUGCCCGGGGGGUCGCAGGAGUCCUACUCAGCAGGCUACCGGGAAGGCUUCCUGUGGAAACGAGGCCGAGACAACGGACAGUACCUCAACCGAAAAUUCGUCCUGUCCGAACGAGAGGGCGCGCUCAAGUACUUUGUCAAGCCCGACGGCAGAGAGCCCAAGGCCUUCAUGAGCAUCGGCGCGGUCAACGCCAGCUUCCAGCCGAGCAAAAUGGGCACGGCCCACGGCCUGCAGAUCACCUACUUGAAGGACAACGUCACUCGCAAUAUCUUUGUUUACCACGACGAUGGCAAGGAAAUGGUGGACUGGUUCAACGCCAUCCGAGCGGCCAGAUUGCACUACCUGCAGGCGGCCUUCCCCGGCGCUCCGGCGGCGGACCUCUUGCCCAGGGUCACCCGCGACUUUGCCAAAGAGGGCUUCAUGGAGAAGACCGGCCCCAAGCGCACGGAGGCUUUUAAGAAGAGAUGGUUCUCCAUGGACGAGAGGAGGCUCAUGUACUUCAAAGACCCGCUGGACGCCUACGCGCGAGGCCAGGUGUUCAUCGGCAGCAGGGACAACGGCUACGGCGUCCUGCCGGGCCUCCCGUCGGGCGUUCAGAGCUCCCGCUGGCAGUUCGGGAUCACCGUCGCCACGCCCGACAGGAUCUUCCUUCUCGCGUGCGAGAGCGAGCGCGAGCGAACGGACUGGCUGGCCACCAUCCGGACGGCGCUCGACCGGCCCAUGCUGCCGCCCGAGUACGCGGUGGAGGCCAGUUUUAAGCACAAACCUUGAGCCUUUGAAGAAGCAGCAUGAGGAGACGACCUUCCUGGAGGACGCGUCCAAGGAGCCGUUUUAUUUUUUUUUUUCCCCGUCACACUAUGAGCCAGAGGAGAGACUUCAUGUCAGGAUUGUUACCCCCAAAGAAAAAAAAGCCAACAAAUCCCCAAAGGCUAAGCCUUGUCAGCAGUCCAACAGGAAGUACGUGUGUAUUUGCAUGUCAUGUAUUCAUUUAUCCAGUAGAGGGAGACAAAGGCAAUGUUUGCAAUGUUCUCAGACCGCCAAGUUACGUUCCGGGGUGGGAAAAGUCACUCUGCCAAGGCCAAUUUGUUGUGAAAGGCAUCGUUUUUGGAAAGCGCACAUCUCGUUUGCAAUCUAGAGCAAAUCAUCCUUUACCUCGAUGGGCAGAUUUUGUUGAGAAUCCUCGCUACCGAUUGAAGAGUUUCAUCUCUGAUGUUUCUCCGAGAGACCGCUCGUUCACAACCUGCCGCGUGGGACCAUUCAAGCUGUCGUGAUUGGGUUUGGGACCAACGGGUGGCACCGUAGGGCUCCCCCCACAGCUGCACACCAGUUGCUCAUUAGGCAAUGAGUGCUUGAACAGUGGGCAGGUCAUCGUUGCUGUUUGCUCUCGGCUACUGUCGUGUUUGUUUGGGUCACAUUUUGGUUUCUGCCAUGCUUUUUGUUUGUUACUUUGGAUUCGUUUUGUUUUCAUGACUUUGUUUUGGAUUUCGUUGUCUACGCUUGAAUACAAUUGGUCAAGCAC